CCCCGCCCCCUGCGGCUGCCCCGCGCCUGGAAGUUCUCCGCCCCGGUUGCUAAGGGAGCUGGGCCGAGCGCUUGUGCCUGCGCACUUGGUGUCAACCGGCAAGCGUCCGGCUCGGCCCCGUGCCUGUGGCGGACGCAGGCUCGGAGCUGAGAAGAUUCCGGACUUCUGGGCUCCUGCAGGGCCAGCGAGAGGCCGGCGUUACGAACCCCCAGCGGCGGCGUUUUCUGGGCAGGACUACAUUUCCCAGUGGCCUCUGCGAGCGCCGGGCCGGUGGCCCCUUUGUGUCCUCCGGAGGCCCAGUCGCUUCUUUCCGGGCCCACGGGGGCUGGAGCCCAUCCGACUGCUAGGACUGGAGGUGGGCCGGAGUGGAGAUUGCCGGAGCCUUCGGGGCGGGGCGGGGAUCUGCCAGCAGUUCAGUCCUGCAGGAGGAAAGUGAAGCCGAAAAAUUAUAGGCUGGUGAUUCUGGAUGCUGCAAGGAAAGCCUGUUUUCUCAUGUUCUCUUCUCCAUCUCAGUCAUCUCAGUCAUCUAAGGACAUUGCCAUUUCCCAAGAGAAGAGCCAAGAGGAGGAAAGAAUGGCGGUUGGACUUCUGAAAGCCAUGUACCAGGAAUUGGUGACCUUCAGAGAUGUGGCCGUAGACUUCUCCCAAGAGGAGUGGGAUUGUCUAAAUUCUUCUCAAAGGCAUCUGUACAGUAACGUGAUGUUGGAGAACUACAGGAUCUUGGUAUCACUGGGACUUUGCUUUUCUAAGCCAAGUGUGAUAUUGUUGUUGGAACAAGGGAAAGAGCCCUGGAUGGUGAAGAGAGAGCUGGCAAAAGGCUUGUGCUCAGGCUGGGAAUCGGUGUGUGAGACUGAAGAAUUAACCCCAAAGCAGGACAUUUAUGAUGCACAAUCAUCUCAGAAGAUAAUAGAAAAACUUACAACCUGUGGCCUUGACUACUCCAGUUUGAGAGAAGAAUGGAAAUGUGAGGCCCGUUUUGAGAGGCAACCAUUGAUUCAUAAGGCAUGUUUCAAGGAAGAGACAAUCACUCGUGAAGAAGCCCUUAUUGAUAAAAGAGGACGAGAAUAUAACAAAUCUUGGGGAACUUUCCAUCCAAACACACUGCUUCAUACACAAGAAAUAAUUCCCAAAGAGGAGAAAGUACAUAAACAUAAUACACAUAAGAAAAGCUUUAAAAAAAAUUUAAUGGCUUUUAAGCCCAAGAGUGUGUAUACAGAGAAGAAACUUUUGAAAUGUAAUGACUGUGAAAAAGUUUUCAGCCAGAGCUCAUCCCUUACUCUUCAUCAAAGAAUUCAUACUGGAGAGAAACCCUAUAAAUGUGUAGACUGUGGGAAAGCCUUCAGCCAGAGAUCAAAUCUUGUUCAGCACCAGAGGAUUCAUACUGGAGAGAAGCCCUAUGAAUGUAAGGAAUGUAGGAAAGCCUUCAGUCAGAAUGCACACCUAGUUCAACAUCUGAGAGUUCAUACUGGAGAAAAACCUUAUGAAUGCAAGGUAUGUAGGAAAGCCUUCAGCCAGUUUGCCUACCUUGCUCAACAUCAGAGAGUUCAUACUGGAGAGAAACCCUAUGAAUGUAUUGAAUGCGGGAAAGCAUUUAGCAAUAGAUCAUCCAUUGCUCAACACCAGAGAGUUCAUACUGGUGAGAAACCUUAUGAAUGUAAUGUCUGUGGGAAAGCAUUUAGCCUUCGUGCAUACCUUACUGUACAUCAGAGAAUACAUACUGGAGAGAGACCCUAUGAAUGUAAGGAAUGUGGGAAGGCCUUCAGCCAGAAUUCACACCUUGCUCAACAUCAAAGAAUUCAUACUGGAGAAAAACCUUAUAAAUGUCAGGAAUGUAGGAAAGCAUUCAGCCAGAUUGCCUACCUUGCUCAGCAUCAAAGAGUUCAUACUGGAGAGAAACCCUAUGAAUGUAUUAAAUGUGGGAAGGCUUUUAGCAAUGACUCAUCCCUUACUCAACAUCAGAGAGUUCAUACUGGAGAGAAACCUUACGAAUGUAAUGUUUGUGGGAAGGCUUUUAGUUACUGUGGAUCCCUUGCCCAACAUCAGAGAAUUCAUACUGGAGAGAGGCCCUAUGAAUGUAAGGAAUGCAAGAAAACCUUCAGGCAGCAUGCACACCUUGCUCAUCAUCAGAGAAUCCAUCUUGGGGAGUCACUCUCACCACCCAAUCCAGUCAAUCAUCAAGUCCUGUAGACCCUAUCUCAUCAAUAUUUCCAGAAUUUAUACUUUUUCUCCAUCUCUAAUGUUGUCACCCUAAUCUAAAAUUCAUCUCACCCAGAUCACUGCUAUAACUUUCUAACAGGUCUUCCUGUAUCAACUUUUAGUCCUGUUAAAUUAAUUUCCCACGACGCUGAUCUUUUUGAAGUGUAAGAAUACAUACAUCAUUGCCUCCAGUUAAAACUUUUUUUGGCUUGCUAUUGUUCUUAAGCUAACAUCCACAGUCUUUUAAAAUUACCUGUGAGGUACUUCAUUAUCUGGUCUUAUAUACCUUUCAGCCUUGUUUUAUUCCAGUCUCCCUCUGUGGGCACUAGGCACUUCCCAGGACUGAGAGCUUAGAUUUGGAAAAUCCUAGCUCUACCACUGCUGUGGCAUUGUGUGACUUUGAGUAAUUUGCUUGACUUUUCCAAACCUCAGGGGUUUUUUAAUUUUUAAAAUAGGGAUAAUAAAGGAUACUGUAUUAUAGAAAUGUGAGUAUUAAAUGAAAUAGUGUCUGUUGUAGAUUGAUGCAUAUUAAGUAAGAAAUUUGCAUGUAAAGUACUUCACAUAGUGCAUCAAAUAUAGCAGCUAUCAUUAUAAAUAAUAAUAGCUCAUAUGUAUUGAGUGCCUACUAUGCACCAGGCACUGUUCUACAUGCUCAGCGUAUAUUAACUCGUACUCCUUACAGCUAAAACAAGAUUCCUUAGUGGACAAAGAACAUCCCUGGGAAGCAGCAGGUCAGAAUUGAGAAAACCUAAAAAUUUUAGAACGUAAGUGAGAGCCUUUGUAUUCUAGGUGAGUAAUCAAUAUAGACACAAGUAGUAGAAUUAAUAACACUUAUAAUGAGUUCUAGGAAGUUUCUAAAGAGAAUCAAUUGAAUAAACCAAUUAAAAUGAGGAUUCACUGAGAAGAAUACAGAACUUAUAUUUAGAUCAAGAAAUGAAUAGAGCAUAUCACAAUUAACUCCAAAAAACCAAUAAACAUGGAAAUUCAUACUGUCCCAUAAAAAGGCACCAGGCCUAGGUAAUCAUAUGAGUGAAUCUAGGAAAUGUCAAACGGAUUUAAACUGUUCCAUACCAUAGAAAAAAUAUAAAGUUUAUAAAUUUUUUAUUCAGUUUUUGUAAAAUUGAAACCAAAAGGGGAUCGAGGGAAGAAAACUGCAGACAAAUAUAUACAUAUAGGUUUUCAUUCAUUCAGUGAUUUUGAGUAGCUGCUAUUUGCCAGACACUGUUUUAGGCAUGAGGAGACAAUGGUGAUCAAAGACCCUGUCUUCAUGGAGUUAAGCUCCAGAGGCUGAGAUAGUUAAUACAGGCAUACCUCAUUUUGUUGUGCUUCGUUUUGUUGUGCUUUGCAGAUAUUGCAUUUUUUAUGAGACCCUCCAUCAGCAAAAAGAUUAGAACUUGCUGAAGGCUCAGAUGCUGGUUAGCAUUUUUUAGCAGUGAAGUGUUUUUAAAUGAAGGUAUGUACAUUUUUUUCAGACAUAAUGUUAUUGCAUGCUUAAUAGAUUACAGUGUAGUGUAAACAUAAUUUUUAUAUGCACUGGAAAACCAAAAAUUUCAUGUGACUUGCUUUAUUGCAAUAUUUGCCUUAUUGUGGUGGUCUGGAACCGAACCCGCAAUAUUUAUGAGGUAUGCUUGUACUUAAAUAUAAAACAACAGAUUUUCUAGAUCCAGAAAACUGAAGAGUAAUAAAAAAAAGUUGAGGAGUAUUAUAUAGCCUAGGUUGAAGAGCUGCAAGAUAAUUAUCAGUUAUUCCUAAUUCACAAAUUCAUUGCAAUUCAAACCAAAAUUCCUCAGUGGGCCUUUUUGCCCUUGAACCUAACAACUUUGUUCCGAAAUUCAUCUGUGAAGUGUGAAUUCUUAAGAACAGCAAGAAAAUGAUUGAAUCUGAUCUAUGUGUAGAAAUUUUGCAUAUGAUAAAGAUGGAUCAUAUCAGUAGAGAAAGGAUGGAUUUGGGGGUGUUAAUACAGUACUAUUGGAAGUAGUUGUGUUUAGGAUAAUUUGGCAAUAUCUGGUAACAUUGAAGAUGUGCAUGCUCUUUGACCUAGCAAUUCCACACCUAAACCUCUACAGAGUCUUUCCUCCUGUGUUCAGAGAGAUGUACAGGAAAGUCCACUUCAGCUUUGUUUGUGAGAAUGAAUUUUAAAGCAAUCAAAAUAACCAUGAGGGUGAAUAUAUUAGAACCCAAGUUAAAAUGAAUGAACUAGAGACACUUCUAUCAACAUGGAUAAAUCUUAAAAACAAUACUAAUGAAACUGAACCAGAGAGUGUUUUGUAUGAUAUGAUACCACUUAUUUAUAUAAAGUUUAAUGACAUGCAAAUCGAUGCUGUGUACAUUUUCCAUGGCUAAAUACCAUAUAGAAGUAGUGUAAUAACAUUCAUGGAAAUUGUCAUCUAAUUCAGAACAGUGGUGACCUCUGGGGAGGGAGAAAAAUGAGGAAAAGAUGCAAAGGGAGAUAAUCUUUUAAUCAUUUAUUUCUUUAAAAAAUAAGCAGAUAUGGCCAAUUCUUAUAAAUCGAUAAAGCUGGUUGUGGGUUUAUAGGUAGGUUCUUAUUCUUUGUAUUUUUCCAUAUAUUUAAGCUAUUUCAUAAUAAAGAAAUAAGGAACAUUUAAA